AUGGCUGGAUGUCUCACCAAGGCAGACUGCAUGAAUUCUAUCUACCCCUUUUGUCCUCCGACAGGCUCAAAAUAUCGUUCACCUGCCCGAGGUCAUUUCCAUCAGCAAACUAUCCUUCAGAUCAGCCAGCAAAUAAUUCCAUCACAUCAACGCUGCGUAGCAUAUUUGCACUCCAUGGUAGACAGACAUUCUCAUAAAGAACUGUGCACUAACAAUUCAGGAGAACAAAGCCAACUUUCUCUGGCAGGUUAGAAUUCAAAUCAUGGCCAAGAAAUCCACAUACAUUUCAGCUGUUGAGCCUUAAGGCUUGCUUGGCGGGUGGUGAUGUUUGGCUGGUGAGGCCGUUGCAAAGGAAAAGCUGCUUCUGGCCUUUGAUGAAGCAAAGAAAAGAUGGAACAUUUUGCUAGAUGUGCACGUCCUCUCCAGUGACAUGGGGCAGAUAAAAUAUGAGCUGGGAAUGCUGUAGCUGGGACCAAGGCAAACUGGGUCUCAAGAUUCCCAAUUUCCAUCAUUAAUUUAAGUGGCAAUUCAAAUCAACCCUACUUAUAGGGCAGAAGCGAUGGACAAGGUGCCACCUUCUUACCUGACCCCCCCUUGUCUCCUGUCACUGGCACACGAGGAGGGGCAUGGUUCAAACAUACCAGCAGAGCCAAUCCGUUGGUGCGUUUGCACCACACUAAACUCAUCACCACUUCAUUCCUGUAGCACACCACAGCAGUGGCAAUGAUAGGUCAGGUAAACUACUGUGGAAGGCUGAUUCUUUUUAAUUUACAGUGGUGCCCAAAGUGGGGUGGUUACAAACUAGAAGGGGGAAAAGGAAGCGGGAUGGUUAGUCCAGGCUCAAUUAUUUCCAAUUGAAUAGAAAUGAUGGCAUGGGUAAGUAGGUAAUCUCACCCCACAUCAAGUAGUGAUUUAAAGGCUGGAUUGGCAAUCCCAGCAUUUGGGACAUUUCAGCUACACGAGAACUAGGAAUCAAAAGCAGACACCUUCACAAAGCAACUGAAGCUAAGGACAGCAGGUGUAUUGGGCGGGGGGGCGUUGAAUGCACUUCAAAUACAACUGCUGAUUCAAUUGGCUUUUUCCUCUUGUAAGCAAGUUUUGCAGGGGUCCUUACAGGACUGGGCUGCAUAGCUCACAUCUGCAGUUUCCUGGUCAGUGCCAACAUCUGCAUAUUAACCCAGAGCAGGUUUGUCUUGUCCAAUGUACCUGCUGUAUUUAAGAGCGUAACCAUGAAGUAUUCUCAAUCUUCACCUGCAGGCAGAAAGUAAAAAGGACUGGGGGCUGUUGCGUCAGCUCUACAAAACUAGAUCUCGGCACAAUCCUCUGCUCAAAAACAUCCUCUUUAUUGUACCACGGAAAAGAAAACCCAUUAUAAACAAGUAUGUUGAAAUAUACAGGUUAAGUUACUAGUCUUAUUAACAAAAUAAAGCUCUAUCUAUAUGUACAGAUAUCUUUGUGGGGGGGAGACGGGACAAAACAAAACAAAAACAGCAGCCAGUUGCUAGAGAAAACCAGGGUGGGCGGGUAGGGAGAUGGAUGUGUUUAUAAAAAAAACAGCAAGAGGCAAAGCCUUACCCAUUCCCCCGCUAAUUGUCUCACUUCCUCUCCAUUGAGCCUGUCAUGUGCCUUUCUUUGCUCUCAUGAAGCUGUCUUUAACAUAAAUGAGAGUUGGGGAGGAAUAAAUAACCAAGGAGGUGCAGGUAAAGCCAGUCAGGGGAGCCAAAGCAGCCAGCACAGGUCACACGGAUAGACAAGGGGAGGUUCCAGAGGGAAUUCCUGCAUUCGUCUGUUGUGGCAAAGAGAACAGAGUGUCUGGUGUGAUAGCUCAAAGACUUAACACAGUCAGAGAGGAAUAAACCUUUGUGAACGAGGGUCCAGGUGCAAGGGCAUUAAUUAGAGGUUUCACCUUUUUUAAAAAAAAUGGGGGAACACCUUGCCACUCUUCUUGCAAGUGCCAUUUUGCUUGUGAUGCAAGGAAAGCAAGGAAAUCUUGGUCCCUUAGGUUGGGUCAUGUGGAUAAAAAAGGUUGAUGUUUCAAUACAGUGGUACUUCUGGUUACAAACUUGAUUCCUUUCGGAGGUCCAUUCUUAACCGGAAACCGUUCUUAACUUGAGGUACCACUUUAGCUAAUGGGGUCUCCCGCUGCCGCCGGCGCACAAUUUCUGUUCUCAUCCUAAGGUAAAGUAAGAACCCGAGGUACUGCUUCCAGGUUAGCGGAGUCUGUAACCUGUGGUGUUUGUAACCUGAGGUACCACUGUAAAUUACUUUUGCCCAAAGAAGGAAGGACUUUUCAGAUGACAUGGAGUUUUUCUUAAAAAUAGAAGUGGAGCUGAAUUGCUUUUACCUCCAACUCAAUCCUCCUUUCUCUCAUUGUUCAUCUCCACAUCUGGAAUAAAAAGAUGUGGUAUACAUGCACUGUUCCAAGAUACGAGGGAGGAGGAUUCCCACUUGGGACGGCCAUCCUGUCAAAAGCCAGAGACUAUCCAUUUUCACUAUUGAGAUGAGGCAGAGUAAUGGUGUCUUUCUACUAUUUUUGCUUUCUCUAUGCCAUUCCAUCUUUGGCCAGUAGAGAGCAAACGCCUCCCAUGUUUUGGAGCAUCUCUACUUUUAUAUUCUCCAUUGGUUUCUGCUAGAACAUUGUCAGAGAAGACUGAGAAGUUUAAGAAGGUCAUCAGGUGUGGUGAGGUGGGGGAAAGGGGUGUAUGCAAACACACACACACACUAUACAUCUAUAUAUUUUAAGACCAUGACCCUCUACAUUCCCUCUCAAUGCCCCUGCUUCUCUUUCCUUCUUUUCAAGUGGUGAAAUUCAGCAUUCUCCACUCAUUGGCCAAGGACAAUGUGAAUCAGUACCAGAACUACUGCAGCUGCUUUGA